AUGACUGAUCUGCUGCCGCUGCUGUUUUCGGACAACGACAAAUACGCCCUCACGGAGAACGUGCGUGGGCUCAAACUACAACAAGUCAAGGACAUCUGUAAAUGCAUCGGCCUUCCUCUCAAGGGCAACAAGGGCGACUUGGUCAAUCGGCUACUCCAACAUAUCGAGGCACGUGUAGUCUCGUGCCAGCUUCCAGAACUUCUAGCGCUCCAGACGUUGGUGCUUAAGGUAAUCUACAAUAGUCCACUACCCAACUAUGCGCAGUUAACGGCUGCGAUCCGUAGUGGCGCAGUCAGCGACAAUAGUGUGGCCGCGCUGUUGGAGCUGUUUACCUCAAAUUCCAGCAUGUCGAACCCGGCGCGCCAGCAUAUCCGCAACAACGGCAAUGGGCUCGCCAUGGGCCAGAACGGUAACUAUGUGCUCCCGCCGCAGCGCGCCAUGAUGGCAAGCUCGCUCGGACUCGUGGGCAACUCGGGAAGCUCGAAUGGGUUGCCUGGAAUAGCGUCUCUUGGCCAAAUGCCCCAUAUAGGUAGUAACGGAAGAAACGUAGCCAGCAUGAACACAGUUCAGGGAAUGGGCGUGGGCAAUGUGGGCCAUAUGGCGCACGGCCUCAGCGACCCGCAUGCACAUAUCUCUGCCUCUCGUAUGGCUGAUCUAGAUAAUACUUAUACUGGACCCAUGCUUCUCUUCAAAAGCACCAUCUUUUACUUGUUGAGGCGCCUUGUGGGCACAGCUCACGUAUUGCGUGUGAGCAAGGGACGCAACAGUGUAUCAUUUCGUAUUAAGCUACAUUCUUCGGAAAUCAAGCUCCUCCGUGAGAAGCCAACUAUGCGUCUAUACAUCUUCAGUGGUACUGAAACUACGCAAGACCACACAAACACACCCAUACAAUUCCCACCUAUUGAGAUUUAUGUGAAUGAUGUUCUCACCAAGCAAUUCACGAAAGGUAUCAAGGGCAAGCCAGGCUCAGCUCGUCCAGCAGACUUAACUCCGUACAUCGCCCAACUCGAGAAGCUGGCAUCUAUCCGCAUUGUCUACUCUGACGCUCUAGAGAAGUACAUUCUCUACACUUACAUAGUAGAAGAGUUUCCUCUACCGCAGCUCUCCGAGCAGAUCUUCAACAAAGCACAUAUACCCAUACAUGCAACGCGGGCCACUAUUCAAAAGCAAAAUGAAACUUCGGAUGACGGAGACAUCGUGGUAGCUACAUCUACAUUGACUUUGCGCUGCCCACUAACCUAUGCUCGUAUGCUGCAGCCUGUUCGAAGCAUUCAAUGCGACCAUAUUCAGUGUUUCGAUGGUGCCUCUUUUUUAUCCAUGCAGCAGAAAAUCCCACUCUGGCAGUGUCCCGUUUGCUCCUCAUACAUCGAUCAAAACCUGUUGGCAGUUUCUGACUAUGUUCUAGACAUCAUCAAACUGACUCCAGAUUCUGUUGACAGUGUUGUUCUCAACCCUGAUGGUUCUUGGAAAGCGGUGGAAGGAGAAAGCUUACUGGAUAGUGAUGACGAUGAUGAUUAUCCAAAAGCGCCGGGUGAGCAAAGAGCUUCCAGUAGUGUCCCUGCUCAGAAGCCUGGUGAUGAUGCUAUUGAAAUCAUAUCACUUGAUAGUGAUAGUGAACCCGAAGAUGCACCUGGCUCAGCACCAGCACCAGCACCAGCACCAGCACCAGCACCAGCACCAGCACCAGCAUCAGCACCAGCACCAGCAUCAGCACCAGCACCAGCAUCAGCAUCAGCACCAGCAUCAGCAUCAGCUGUUGCGCCGCAACCCGCUCAAAAAGAAUCGACUGCAUUAACAUUUCAGGAAAUUGUGAGAGGUAUUGUUGCAGAGGAUGACCAACGCGCCUCUGAAAACCAAGAAAGAAUUGAAUCUGCCCCUCCCGGGGCUGCCGCUACAUCUACGAAUGUAGCCGAGAAGUCUUCAGUAGAUUCCGCAGCUGAAAAUUUAAAUGUGGCUUCUGCUGGAAUGUCGGCUCGUAAUCAAGUAUCACAAGAGGUCACGUCAAGGCUUCAAGCACAAGUCAACACCAAUUCAAUGGAAGAGGGAGAAGACACGGAAGAAGAGACUAUAGUCGCCAGGCCAAGGCGGCGUCCGAUCAUAAGCGAAGCUGAUGAUGGCGAAACACCUGCUCUUAGUUCUGCCACUCCCAUUCCAAACCAUAAUGAUGCCAUGGAGCAAGACGAGCAGAGUAUUGAACGCAACGUUGCAUCCAGUGAGCUGAAAACAACCGAAUCAAUUACCGAACAUAAUGAGAAUGUUGACAUAAGCAUGGAGGACGCUGAGCAGGCGCCGCCUUCCCAAGCAUCAAAUGGAACCAAUUCAUCAGCAACUAACUUUAAUCCAACAACCCUAGUGGGAGAUGGCACACUAUCGGUUCCAAAAGACAGUCUCUCUAUAAACAAUCCAGGCCCACUCAUAGCACCAGAGACAAAUGCUCCAGAAGCUAAUACUAGGCCGAAUGUCGAAGCUGGCUCUCUGACAGCAAGUGCAUCGAAUAGUGUUCUCUGUGGCCAAGCUAUAGAAAAAAGUUCAACCAACAUGGGUACGUCUAUUGAGAAUAACCUUCCAGUGGUCACUUCGGCGCCGCCUAAUGAAGCUGAAUAUAUGAAAGCAAUGAGAACCCUCAGCGGCGCUCAUUCCAACGGUAAUCCGUUUGCCUCAAAUACAAUUUCCACCCUUCAACCUGGGAAAGCGAAUGAUGAAAGGCCAUCGAUAAGUUCGUUCUCAAGUAUGAGACUGCUUUUUCUGAAGGACUCCACACAACAAUCCGCGAACAGUGAUAGAACGACGACCACCCCGAGCUACUCCCAGCUUGUCAAUGACUCUCGAGCUAAAAUUAAUGCGUACAACUUAUCACAGAUGGGGAUGGUGGCGCCUAGUGGGCCAAGGUCUGUCAAUCACUAUCAAAUCUUUCCUCAGCAUGGGCCGGGCUUUGAGGCCAAACUUGGAGGUCAGCUUGGUAUUAUGAGGUCUAACAGUGUCUCGUCGUGUCCAGCGUCAAAUCAAUCGACAGAUCACAGAAUCAAUACAAGGCCGCUUGUUCCAAAUGCUGCAGAUGCACAUUUAAACAAGUUUGGUGUGUUAAGAACCCCCACAAAAAGAUCCAAUUCGGAGGGAGGACCUUCUCAAGUGGUUGAGCCCACUGCCGCAUCGCCAUCUGUCACGAAAACAGUCGCGGAGCUCCUAAAUAAUGUACAUGAUAUACAGCGAGCACAAGAGGCUCUGAGAAAUUUGACAGAGUCAGAGAAACAGCAACAACAACCAUUCGGACGAAUCAAUAUCAAUUCAUUGACAAAUGACAAUGUCUCUCUGAGAAAUCCUGCUCCAACUCAAAAUGAUACCUUGACUAAAACUACUCAGGAGCGUGACAACAGGGCCGCUCCAGCUAUUAAUCCAUACCUGAACGAGCGCAGAUCAGUUGUUGGUAGCAAGGGCUAUAAUUCGUCGAUGCAAUCAGUUUUUGUCUCCCCUGUUGGGUCUGCUAUUCAGAAUCUCUCAGUCGAAAGCCCUGCAAAUAGAAAACGCCAGGGAACAGAGGGCACAGAGCACGAGCGUGGCGCCAGCAAGAGACCCAACCAAUCGCCAUCAAUGCCUAGGACAGUGGCGGUGCCAAUUGUGCCUGUUCCCCCACCUCCAUCUCCACCUCCGCCCAGAACAGUGGCCAAAGCGCCUACCGUGCCACCAGCGCCGGCUGCGCCAGUAGUUGCGACAAUUGGGUCUGUUCAACAGACCGCAAAAAACAGUAAACGCAAGUUUGAUCUUUCCGAGAUCGAUCAGGCAGAAGUAAUUGAGCUUGACUAA